GUUUCAACGCCAUCUGUUAUCAUCCGUACAUAUCUUCCAUUUCGAUCUUCAACUCUCUCACUUUUUUUUUUUUGCUAAAGAAUGAGAAUAGGCUACUCUCUCUGCAAUUUCUUUAUUAUAUAUAAGUAGGAUAUGUUUUCAACUCAAUUAUAAACAUCUUCGUAACCUCUCUCUUUGUCUUCUUCUCUCUUUCUUCUAAGCUCUCUCGCUUUGUGGGUUUUCUUUGUGUAUACCAAUAUAUAUAUGCACACACACAUAGGAAGAUAUGAUGGGUUACGAGCAGAUGAAUCAGAUGACAAUGAAAACAACGGCGAUGAUGAAGAAUUUCAAUAAGAUGGGACCAAUCAAUACUCCACAUAAGAAAGCAACUAGGAGAAGUGUAUCGGCCAUUGAUGGUGGUGCUGUUGCGACGGCUGGAGAAGGAGAUCGUCGACGGAAGCUCAAGACUCGAGAUCUCAGCGGCAUGUCCUUGGCUUCCCUCUCAGCAUCUUCUAUCAACCUAGCUUCCAUCUCAAAACUCGAUCUCUCCAACAACAAUAUUCAGCAAAUUCCGGAAUCUCUAGUAGCGAGAAUGUUAAAUUUAUGGGCAUUAGAUUUGCACUCCAACCUGCUCAAAACACUUCCCAACUCCAUCGGAUGUCUUUCCAAGCUUAAGUUUCUUAAUGUCUCCGGAAAUAAUCUACAACAUCUCCCCAAAACAAUAGAAGAUUGCAGAUCGCUGGAAGAGCUGAACGCCAAUUUCAACGAACUGAGCAUGCUUCCAGACACGAUAGGGUUUGAGCUAACGAAUCUGACGAAGCUCUCCGUAAACUCAAACAAGCUUGUCGUGUUGCCAAGCUCCCUUAGCCACUUGACGUCGCUGCGUGUGCUCGACGCCAGGCUCAACCGCCUUGGAUCGCUCCCUGGUGAUCUAGAGAACCUCGUGAACCUUCAGGUCCUUAACGUUAGCCAGAACUUCCAGCACUUGAAAGAGUUACCUUACUCUGUUGGGUUACUGAUAUCUCUCGAGGAGCUUGACGUUAGUUAUAACGGCAUUACCGUUUUACCGGACUCCAUAGGCUGUCUUCGCCGGAUUCAGAAGCUCUCCGUCGAGGGCAAUCCCCUCGUCUCCCCACCUUUUGAAGUGGUGGAGCAAGGUUUGGAAGCAGUGAAGCGGUACAUGAGCGAGAAGAUGACCGAGUCGUAUAAAAAAACUCCAAUGAAGAAAACGUUGUGGGGCAUUGGUAAGAUGGUCAAGUACAAGACCUUUAACGGCCUGAGCUCAUCUCCUGGAAGGUCUCCAGGAAGGAGAACCGGUGGUGACCGCCAUGGAAACGAGAGGGGAGGCUUCAUCAACGUCUCCGAUUAUCGCCAAAUCGACGGAAUCGCUUCCCCUAGACAUGUGUCCCUGUUCAAUCCGAGACGCCUCUUGUCUCCAUUAUCUGCUUAUUUCUCUCCUCCAAGGUAUUAGCUAGGGUUUACUUUUGUCUUUUUAUCAACAUCAAACCGUCUCUUACAUUUUACUUUUUUGCAUGCAACGUUGUUUUCUUGUAUGUUUGUUUGCUUUUUCCGCAUGUAGCGUUCUUUUCCCUGUAUUAUAGACUUUUGUAACACAUUUGUAAAUCUUGACACAAUAGUUUGGUUCAUGUUAUCAUGUAUAUAUGUGCGUAAUGUACGAUCGCAUUUUGAUAC